AUGCGCAUCGCCACCGCAGCAGCCGGCCCGACGCCGCACCCCCAGCAGACCGCUGCAGCAGCGGACGCCGCCCCCGCCGUCGCGCACUGCGGCGCCGUCGCCUGGCGGCGCCUCGGCACGCCGCGCCGCGAGCUGACUCUCGACUUCACUCUACCCACGGGUCAGUCAUUCCGCUGGCGCCGCACCGCCUCAGGGGAGUUCACCGGCGUGAUCGGGCGGCGCGUGGUCUCGUUGCGCCAGGAGGCGGACGACGUGGCAUGGCGCGUCGUCGCGCGCGGCGCGGGCCUGCCUGACGAUGCCGGCGCUGAUGAGGCGGCGCUGGCCGAUUACUUCAACCUGGGGGUUGACUUGGCGGCUCUUUACAAGGAGUGGGCGGCGGCGGACGCCCGCUUUGCGCAGGCGAGCGUUGAUGAAGGCAACUGGCGGGCAUCCCCUUUCGCUAUUUGCUCGGCAGCUGUUUGA